AUGGUGGGCACAGUGUCUCGGCUGGAGGAGAGUCUCAGCGUCCCCAGCCAGCCGGCCGGGGCCCUGCCUGGACUUUGUCCCGAUGAAUCAGAGCCGCUGCUGUCGCAAAGGCCAGGCCUGGACGACCUGUACCCGCGCCACCCGUCUCCCAGCCUCGGCGACGGCUACGGUCCCGGCGCGCACUACUACCAGGGGUUCCCACAGCCACCGCCCGAGGACACAGGCUGGCACAGUGGGGGUCUGAGCAGGGCGUGUCUCGGCACAGGGCCCUGGGACCCCGUGAAAUUCUCUGCCCGGCACGUGCCCGUGGGCUUCGGGCCGGGGGGUCAGCUGGUCCUGGGGGCGCCCCGAGACGGCCGGCCGGCGCUGGUGGAGCUGCACAGCGUGGAGGUUAUUCUUAAUGAUUCUGAGGAACAAGAAGAAAUGAGGACCUUCUCUGGACCCCUGAAAAGGGAUGACGUGUACAAGGUCGACGUCAUGACGUUCUGCCAGCGCAAGGCCGAGCAGAGCUGCAGAGCCGAGAGCCCGCGGGGCCGAGACUCCGCGCUCCUGUGGAAGCUGCUGGUUCUGCUGUGCCGCCAGAACGGGUCCAUGGUGGGCUCGGAUAUCGCUGACCUGCUCAUGCAGGACUGCAGGAAGCUGGACCGGUACCAGCGCCAGCCGCCCGUGGCCAACCUCAUCGGGCUGGACAGCGACGAGGACUGGCCGGCGCUGAGCCUGGGGACCCCGAACCUGCUCACCGGGGAGAUCCCCCCGAGCGUGGAGACGCCCGCGCAGGUGGUGGAGAAAUUCACCAAGCUGCUCUACUUCGGGAGGAAGAAGGAGGCGCUGGAAUGGGCCAUGAAGAACCACCUCUGGGGCCACGCGCUCUUCCUGUCCAGCAAGAUGGACGCGAGGACGUACAACUGGGUGAUGAGCGGCUUCAUCAGCACCCUGGCGCUCAACGACCCCCUGCAGACCUUCUUCCAGCUCAUGUCCGGGCGUAUCCCGCAGGCGGCCAUGAGCUGCGGGGACCAGCAGUGGGGGGACUGGAGGCCCCACCUGGCCAUGGUGCUGUCCAACCAGGCCGCGGAGCCCGAGCUGCAGCGGCGGGCCAUCGUCACGCUGGGGGACACGCUGGCUUCCAAGGGGCUGGUGGAAGCCGCGCAUUUCUGCUACCUCAUGGCACACGUGCCCUUCGGCUACUACCCCGUCAAGACGGACCCGCUGGUCUUGCUGGGCAGCAGCCACAGCCAAGCCUUUCUGCAGUUCGCCACCACCGAGGCCAUCCAGAGGACCGAGACCUUCGAGUACUGCCGGACGCUGGGCCGGCCCCAGGCCUCCAUCCCGUCCUUCCAGGUGUACAAGCUGCUGUACGCGGCGCGCCUGGCCGACCACGGGCUGGCGUCCCAGGCCCUGCAGUACUGCGAGGCCGUGGGCACGGCCGUGCUGGGCCAGGGCGGGGACGGGCACCCGGUGCUGCUGGCCGAGCUCAUCAAGCUCGCCGAGAGGCUGAAGUUCUCGGACCCGCUGCUCGAGCCGCGCCUCGGCCACGGCGACUCGGAGCCCGAGUGGCUGGUGCAGCUCCGCCGCCACCAGGAGGCGCUGCAGGCUAAGGGAGCGAGCGACGCUGAGGACCCGGCCUCAGUUUACCCAGCUGUUUCAGGAGCUGGCAGAGCCGGUGCAGGCGGCCCGACAGAUGAGCCAAGAAACUCUCUCCCUGGGGGGCUCCCAGGCCCUGGAGGCGACCCCGAAGGCCUCAGUGACGGCGCGGUGACCUCGUUCCUGCAGCCCCCCCUGGAGCCCCCCGGCCCCUACUCUGCGGACGGGGCGGCGGGGCCCGUGGGGGUCCCGGUGCCGCUGUACCCGGUGCCCCCGGCCGCUGUGCCCCGGGCAGAGAAGCAAGGAAGCGGCAAAGAGAACCCCAAGGGCUCCGGCUUUGGUUGGUUCAGCUGGUUCCGAUCCAAACCCAGCAGCUCCUCAUCGUCUGGGGACGAAGACCCCUCGGACACCGAGGACCCCCCCGGAGCAGACCCCGGCCCCGCCCUCACGCCCUCCUCGGCCUUCCAGCCGCUGACGGACAUCGCCGGGGGCCCAGGGGACGUCUUGGGACCCCUGCCCAGCCUGGGGGCAGCCGACGGCUCCAGGACUGGAGGCCUGCCCGGGCCUGCGGCCCGCCCUUCAGAGUUCAACCCCGGCUUCCUGCUUCCUCCGCCCAACUUCCAGGGGGCUGUGCCCCUCUACAACCCAGCUCAGAUGCUACAGCUCUCCACCGUGCCCAGCCAGAACCGGCCGAACCGCCUGGCCCAGCGCCGCUACCCCACGCAGCCAGCCGUGCUGUGA